AUUUUUAUUAUAUUUAUUGUAGUUUCAACAACUUUUGUAAUUAGAUCUGUAGUUAUAAUCCUUGCCUCGAUUUUGUCAAAAAAACUUAUUACAGAUCGAGAAAAAAAUUCCCCAUUUGAGUGUGGAUUUGAUCCUAAAGGCUCAGCUCGACUUCCUUUUUCUUUACGAUUCUUUUUAAUUGCAGUUAUUUUCUUGAUUUUUGAUGUAGAAAUUACUCUUUUACUUCCCCUUGCCUCAAUUAUUCAUUUAACAAACAUAUUUUCUUGAGCCCUUACUGGGGUUUUAUUUUUAUUAAUUCUGCUUUUUGGACUUUACUAUGAAUGACACCAAGGCGCCUUAGAAUGAUCUUAUU